AUGUACAACUCUACCACGUGCCCCUGCAGUUUCAUGAACCAGCAGAGCACAAGCACCUCAGGACCAGCGCAGGACCAGCACAGGACCGAGACCAAACUGCUGCUAACACGGGGGAGGAUGGAUGACAUCGCAAAGGAUGAGAAAGGCUUUUACUCCCAUGCUGAAGGGUACUGGAAGGAUGUGCCUCCAACAGUGGACGGGAUGCUUGGCGGCUAUGGCAGCAUCUCCAACAUCGACUUGAAUGGAUCGAAGGCUUUUUUACAGAAAUAUCUUGGAGAAGGGGACAGUAAGACCAAUGCUGGUUGUGCACUGGACUGCGGAGCGGGCAUCGGGCGAAUCACCAAGCGCCUUUUGUUGCCACUUUUUAAAACUGUGGAUUUGGUGGAUGUGACGCAAGAGUUUCUGGACAAAGCCAAAACGUAUCUGGGAGAUGACAGUAAACGAGUGGGGAACUAUUUCUGUUGCGGAUUACAAGACUUUGUGCCAGAGAGUGGGCGAUAUGAUGUGAUAUGGAUUCAGUGGGUAAUAGGACACCUAACGGACAACCAUCUGGUGGAGUUCCUGAAGCGCUGUAAGAAAGCUCUGCGGCCCAAUGGGCUCAUAGUGAUCAAGGACAAUGUGUCUUAUGAGGGAGUGGUCCCUGAUGAUGUAGACAGUAGUGUUUGUAGGGAUCUAGACAUCGUCCGCAGUCUUGUCAAAAAAGCCGAUCUACAAAUUAUCCAUGAAGAACAACAAAAGAACCUCCCAAAAGAGAUCUACCAGGUCCACACUAUAGCACUGAGAUGA